AGGGAACAAGCUAGCUAACAUCUACUCUAAGCUAUCGCUUGUCACUUUAUUGUUCACUCGCAAGUUCAGCAGAAACUGACUGAGCUGAAGCUAGAUACGUUUCCCAACGUGGGCUCGUAAGGUGUACUUGAAAGUGUGUUGUUGUAUAUUUGAGAUUGCCAGACCAUGCGUUUCAUCAUAACAUCGAAGCACAAACUUCGCUGGCUUUAGCUAGCAUGUUGCUCCACUGUUAUUGUUAAUUCUCCAGCCAGACCUGGCGCUCGUGUGGUUGUUGUUGUUGUCGCGCACUCCAAUGCUGAAUCACGAGAUGGGCUCGUUGAUUGUGAACGGUUUACACUUUAUGCAAUAAAUUUUAUUUGGAUCAUUAUUGUUCCUGGUACAGAACUGUAACUUAGGUGACAUUGUGUCGUAAAUGUAUGUGCAGCAACAAAUUUCGCAGUGCUCAAAUGACAAGGUAACUGAAUGGUACAUGUCUGCAAUCUCGCAGGGGAAUGCUUUCAAGCAGAUACUCAUAAGAUGUUUUUGUCAUAUGUACGCAUCUCCUAAUCGAAAUUCCUCAGUGUUUGCCCCUGACCGCUGGCGACAGACCCUCAGGAAUCUGCUGUUAUGUCUUCCCCUCUCCUCACAUGCAGUUGUUUGUGUGCAGAGUGACUUUGAGUACAUUUAUCACGUUGGACAAGCUCUGUCACCUGUGAUAAUCCUGGUUUUGAGCAAAUAGCUUGUUUUUUUUGUCGGCUGUUUCGGUAAUGAUCGAGUACCAGCCAGUUGUUUUUCCCUUGCACCCUUGUGGCCACUCAGUCCGAAGUGGACACACAAACAGCCCGCAUGAUUGUGCAAUACUGGCCCUGUUAAUGUAAUUGCCGUCAAGCAUUGUUAAAUAAAGAAAAAUACUGAGUUUAACCAUGAUAUUUCUGGAUGUCUGUCAGUGUCACAGGUUGACAUGAUUACAAGAGAUACAUUUUCAUGUUUUUUCCAAUUUUACACCCAUGUUUAGUCUGCAUGCAAAGUUUGGGGUGAAAGGUAAAACAUGCUCCUAGAGAGUUCAAAUAUAUACCAUGGCAGUGUUUUACUAGUCAGCAUAUACUUUCAGUAAGUCUAAAUUUGGCUCUGUUUGAGAAUUUGUUGGAGUUACCAUUUCUAUAUUAAUGGGGUUAGAAACAUACCAAACUUGGACCAGCUGAAGCUGUAUAGUUUUCAGGAACCCAUUAGUUCAACCUGGAUUGUGUUCAGACUCUAGCUCCAUAAUUAAAUUUCUGACUGAUAUGACGGGCCUCACAACAUGCAAAUAUUAGUUGUCUUUAUGUCUUUGUAACAGACAGAUCCUUCUAUCCACCUCGAUGAGUGUAUAUACUUUGAGACUAAAAAUGAGGUCACUUCAAACUGACAACAAUUCUGAGAAAGAUGAGUUAUGUGCUUGCUUGGCAGUUGAGGGUUAUCACUAUCAUUGGAUGUACAGAGGUCCUUUUGUCAGUAAUGUCUUGUUCUCAAAUACACUGUGGCUCACAAGCAUUCCACAGAUUUCAGGAUGUGGUGUAGUGUGCGCAGUGGAUAGCUGUCUGGAGCCCCGGAGAUGAUCAUGGGUAGAACUCAUUAAUGCCUGCAUUUGCCAGGAGCACAGGCUGUAGAUUACAGAUGGACUGUUCUCUAGCAUUUCCUAACUGCAUCCUGUCUCUGCCCACACCUGCUUUAGAGAAAUUAGUGCUGCUCUCACAUUCUGUCCCUCUCAUCUGUUAUUUCCUUUUUAACAAUAGGAUCUCUGUAACUGCUAAAACUAUGGCAAUAGAUGUUACUGAUACGCUGCAGGAGUAAGAUCGUGUAAGAUGAUAAAUGAUAGAGAAGGAAAGGAAAGAUAGUUAAGUUAUAGAAUAACAGUGUUCGUCUAUUUGAUUUGACAGUUAUGAUGUGCACAACUGCAAGAAGCUGAAAUGCAAGUUGAAUGUGACAAAGGUUUGACUCUCUACAGUUUCAGAUUAAAUUUCAAAGGUGGAGCAGACCGCUGCCUGCACUGCAUUUAUGAUGCAAGUGGAAUAAGGUGAAAAACAUGUCAUUACACCAUUUACCUUCAGCCCACAGUCUGCAAGCAGUGUCUACAUUUAGAUCAUGUGACUUGUUGUGAUUAAUGGCAUGAGCUUCCACUGGUACAAUAAGGUGUUUUCUUAGACUGAGGAUGUUCCGUGGUGUCAAGUAAUUUAUAUGGCCAGAUAGUAAAACGUUAUUCUUGUUAAUUUCAUUCCUUUCAUUCAUUUUCUAUCAUAAUCAUAAUUGUGCUUUGGCAACACAUGUCAAAUAUCAUGCCAAUAAAGCCUAUUGAGUUGAAUUGAAUAGUAAGCACAACAGUGUUGAAAUGCACUGCCUUUCUGAUUCCUGUGAAUCAAAGUGGCUGUGCUUUGCACAGUUACAUGUAGGAAAGGAUUGGAGGUCCACUCCUGGCAAUGUUGCACUGUUCCAGAGAAGGGUGGGGUCAAGUACGUCAUGUUCAUUGUUUCUGAAUUCUGUAGGAUAACAUAAUCUGAUCCCUGCAUCAGCUCUGCCUGUUUAUUAGAGAUUGACAGCAGGUCAGAAAUGCAUACUGUUGUGUGCAUCAGCUACACUUACAUUGAGAUUUGGGUACAUGUACAUAUAUUCUUAUUUCCUCACUAGUUAACCCUGGGCUGAAAUUAGUAGCCAGCAGACAUGUCCUUUUUACAGUGGGGGGUAAUCAAAAUCUGGAUUUAGCCUACCUAGCAUCAGUUACGCCAGCGUGACCUAAUUGGUGCAGAGUGUGCUCUUACAAAACCCGGGGCACCUUCUUUUCCUUUUCCUCUCUUAAAAAAAAAUCCCCUUUAGUUUGGACAUUGUGAGCAAGUAUGCUCACUAACCAGCUGUGUACUAUUCAGCUGUGGGCCUCACAGGCCACGUGUCACAGCUUUACAAUAGAGUGCCCCUUCCUGGUACAAUAGUGUGGAUGGUUGGUGUCAAAGGUCAGGCCCCCCUGACUCUGGCAGCCCUUGGUAUCCCUGCAUCAGUCGCUAUACAGAAAAGACUCUCGAUUUUGUUCUGUUUAUUAUGCACACAGUGUUUAUGCCUAGGGGCUCUAGCAUUCCACUGGCCUUUAUUGGAGCCCCAAUGAGCCAUCAGAUGAGCCAUUGAGACCAGCCAGACACCAUCUGCAGUUUUAAUUCACUAGUGGCAGCCAGGCAGGGACAGCUUGAAGACCAUAGUGUGGCUAUGGUUAACUUCAGGGCAUGCAGGCCAGUAACUUUCUCUGUGUGGCAUGCAAGUAGGUUUAGGAAAAAGCAAAGAAUUCAGAAAAGGAAUUUGCGCAGUCUUUUCUGCAGCAGCACAAUCUGUGCUUGAAUUGUCUCAUGGCAACCAAACAAACAACCGGCAGUGAUGGCGUCAUUGGUUCCGCUGUCAUUCCUGAGUAAUUUAGUCAUGCUGUUCUGCGUAGACAAGUGUCUUUUUAAAACUUGGUCUUGUUCCCUCUCACAUGCAUGUACUAUUUCUGUCCUCAGACACCACUCACCCGUGCACGCUUUGGACUGUUUACAAAUGUGCGCACAAUUUGAGCUUACUUGUGAUGGACACAGUGGGAGGUUGAUGGCAUUUACUCUAUCUGCUUUCUUUAUGCAGUUUCCUGAUACCUGUGUCGAUUUUUACAUUGCAAGAGCACAGUGAUUUGUCUGUUGUUGUGCUAAAUGCCUUAUUGUAACACACAAGAUUGCUUAGUGUGCCUUCUUGUGCCUGCAUGCUGAAAAGAUCACUGUCGUGUAGUGCUCCUGCAGAACAAGCCCCUUCACAGUUUCCCAUACAAUACACUCAUAAAGGCACCAGUGUUCUUUCAUGCACGAGUUAUUCUGUAAUUUCAGGACUGUGGUUAAGAUGGCUGUGCUAUUGACGUUAUUCUUGCGGUAUGUUUCGUUUUUGAAGCCGUGUUUGCAUCUGGAAUCUUAUGGCAUUUAAGGUUGCAAGGUUUGCAGCAGGUGUCUGUCUGCCAUGCAUGUAGUUCAACAGCUGCUCCCAGGGGACUGUGUGUGUGUGUGUGUGUGUGUGUGUGUGUGUGUGGAGACAGAUUCUGCAGUGGGACAGAUGGGCAAUAGAAGUCUGGACUCUCUCUAUGUUGCUCCUUGAAAAGCCUAAGCAAGUGAUUUCCAGAUUAGCCCCCCGCCCUUAACACUCACACACUCCCCUAGUGAGUGUGUGCCCCUUUCAACUCCGUCUACACAGACGCUAACUGGCGCGUGUUGGGGAAUGCCUUUCAGUCAGAUGAUCGAUGGAGGGACACAUGGUGACCAGCAUAUAGAAACACUCAUUUCAUGCCCCUCCUCUUCUUUCUCUUUUUGUUUUUGUUGGCGGGGUCAGACCUUCCAACCUUUCCCUCUAAUCCUAUUAAAAAACCCUCAGAAAAGCAUUAGAAAGCAAAGCUCUGACAUUGUAAUCUGGAAAGGCAUGUUGCUUGCACUCUCCGUUUUCUUUUCUUUUUUUUCUUUGCCUUUUUUCCCAGAGGGAAGUGUUUAAAGUGAUUAUAGUGUUUCCUUUUUGCAGAACUGGAGGCAACAUAUUCUGCUAUGGCCUUUUAUUAUCUGAAAUUUGCUGUCAGAAUGUUGUUAAGCAACCACAAUGUUCACAUCUUCAUUGUUGCUCAAGAUUUACUAUAGUCACGUGAAUGUGACAUGCUGUUUUGCAUUAGCACUCUGUUUGCAGAGGGUCCAGCAACUUCUACACACUUUGGGCAGGCCAAGCCAGUGGAAGAUGCAUCCCAACAGAACUCUGAGGUGGGUGAAUCCUGGGACUCUCCCAGUGAGGAAGAGGAAGCUCUGUAUGGCACCUCACCUCCUUAUACCCACCGUCAGAUAAAACGCAUGUCUGGCAAACAUCACAGGAACAGCCAGGCAAGGAGUGCUGGUCGGUCUCCCAACAAGGCGGAGCUUAUCCCAUCUGUCCUGAGAGAGAGUCUUAGGCCAGCGGAGACCCCUGAGGAGCACAGCUACAAGCAGGGUAAGAAGCAGAGGGCCACACUGCGUUCCACAGAGAGAGACCACAAGAAGACCUUUGAAGGCUCCUUCAUGCUGGAUCCACUCUCAAAGUCAAGCCCUUUCGGUGCCCUCAGCAUGGAUCCCAGGAAGCAUUACUUGAGCUUAGGCUGCAGCAGUUGCAAACUUCCCGUGUCCAUGCCCCAUAUUGCCCGGACCCACCGCCAGACCUCCAGGACAGACUGUCCUGCCGACCGCCUCAAGUUCUUUGAAACUCUGCGGCUGCUGCUCAAGCUCACGUCUAUGUCCUCCAAGAGGAAGGAGAAGGAGCAGAGAGGCCUGGAGAACAUGGCCUUCAUGGGUCACAACAAUGAGGUCAUUUGGUUGGAGCUGCAGGCUUGGCAUGCACGACGCUCCACCAGCGACCAAGACCUUUUUCUUUUCACUGCCCGCCAGGCCAUCCCUGACAUCAUAAAUGAGGUCCUGCACUUUAAGGUCAACUAUGCCAGCCUGAGAGGGGCCCAGUGUUCAGGGUCUCAAACAAUCCAGGGAGACUAUCAAAGUGUCCCAGAUCUAGUCUGUGGAGAGGAGAGGGAGCCUGCUGUAGCAGAGACCAACCACUGUGGAGUAGAUCCCUGGGGCUUUAGCGCCUUCCCCUCAUCAGCGAUGAAUGCAGCAGAGCCUCUGGGCUCUGGUGCUGAUUGCAGGGAGCACCUUCAGCGCCAGCGGCUGGCAUUCGAGCAGGUCAAGCGUGUUAUGGAGUUGCUGGAGUCUCUGGAAGCUUUGUACCCUUCUUUGCAGGCCCUGCAGAAGGACUAUGAAAAGUAUGCAGCACGAGACUUCCAGGGCAGGGUGCAGGCACUCUGUCUGUGGCUCAAUAUCACCCAGGACCUCAACCAGAAGCUGCGCGUUAUGGCCACUGUGUUGGGCCUCCAUGAUCUAUCCCGUAUCGGGUGGCCUGUGUUUGAGAUCCCUUCACCUCGCUGCUCCCGUGGCAAUGAAGAAGAGGAGAAUGAGGAAGAUGAGGAGAAUGACUCGACAGCCACUUUUACAGCUGAAAGUGAUGGAGAGGACAGGGAUGCUGAGGAGGAGCGGGGAUUGGGACAUGUAGCAGAGGGAGAGUUGUCUCCCUCCCUGACUCCUAAAUUUGCCCGAUUGUUGUCAGAAGAGGAGUUUCUCCCAACUGCUACUGCAGGAAGUGCAGAAGCGGUUGCGGGAGGGGGACUAUUCUGCCCCACAGCCAUCUACAGACCGUUUGUAGAUAAAGCUCUGAAACAGAUGGGACUGCGUAAACUGAUCCUCAGACUGCACAAACUGAUGGACCGUUCUCUUCAGAGGUCCAGAGCAGCGCUGCUCCGUCACACUACUGCACUGGAGUUUUCAGACUUCCCAGACCCCAUGUUGUACAGCGAUUACCUGCCAGAGCUGUCACGCCAUGUGUCGUGCAGUGGUCCGGCUCAUCCAGAGCUUGGGGCAGACCAGGUUUCCUGGGAGGAUUUGCUGGACAUGGACCUCCCAUCCUUCCGACCAGCGUUCCUCGUGCUGUGCAGAGUCCUCCUCAACGUCAUUCACGAAUGCCUUAAACUGCGACUUGAACAGAGGCCUGCUGGAGAGCCUUCACUGCUCAGCAUCAAACAGUUGGUGCGUGAGUGCAAGGAGGUUCUUAAAGGUGGUCUUCUGAUGAAGCAGUAUUAUCAGUUCAUGCUGCGGGGUGUGGUGACUGAUGCUCAGGGCUUGCAGACAAAUGCCAAUAUUGAUGAGUUUGAAGAGGACCUUCACAAGAUGCUGGUGGUCUACUUUGACUACAUGCACAGUUGGAUCCAGAUGUUGCAGCAGCUGCCUCAGGCCUCUCACAGCUUGAAGAACCUGUUAGAGGAGGAGUGGCACUUCACCAAGGUCAUUACUCCUUACAUCCGUGGAGGGGAGGCCCAGUCUGGGAAGCUUUUCUGUGAUAUUGCUGGGAUGUUGCUUAAAUCCACUGGAGAGUUCCUUGAUGCCGGCCUGCAAAAGAGUGGUAAUGAAUUCUGGGAAAGUGCAGACGACAGCACCGCCUCAGAUGAGAUCAGGCGGUCGGUUAUCGAGACUAGUCGGUCACUUAAAGAGCUGUUCCACGAGGCCAGGGAGCGAGCAUCCAAGGCUCUGGGCUUUGCCAAAAUGCUUCGCAAGGACUUAGAAGUUGCUGCGGAUUUCAGUAUCACUAACGGGGUGACUUGUCUCCUGGAGGCACUGAAGAAGAGAAACUAUGUCAAGGUUCAGAUUCCAGGCUUGGAGGAGCUGCAAGUUUUUGUCCCCUGUGGCUUGAUGGAUCAGCGGCCUCUCAUACUGCAGCUUCUCAAUGCUGCUGCUGGCAAAGACUGCUCCAAAGAGCCUGAUGAAAUUGCAGAGGACGAGACCUACCUGCUCAUGAGUAAACACGGAGCUGGGGACUCCACUACUGAUUCUGACUGGGCUCAGUGGGACGGAGAGCUGCUCAAACUGGUCCCCCAGGUGGAAACUGUUGACACUUUCAGGGCCAUGAAGGUGGAGAACAUGCUCUUGAUAGUGAUGCAGUCAGCUCACCUGGUGGCUCAGCGAAAGGCCUUUCAGCAGUCCAUGGAGGAUGUGCUCACUCUUAGCCGGGAGCAAACAUCUAGUCAACCUCUCAUUGCGAGUGCUCUGGAGGAGCUCAAGGAUGAGGCACUACAGCUAUGCAUUAAGAUCAGCACUGCCAUUGACCGCGUAGAGUACAUGUUCACCACAGAGUUUGAGGCAGAGGUGGAGGAGUCCGAGUCAGCCACUCUGCAUCAGUACUACAGGGAGGCAAUGAUACAGGGCUACAAUUUUGCCUUUGAGUACCACAAGGAGGUGGUACGCCUGAUGUCGGGGGAGUUCAGGCAGAGGAUCGGGGAACGCUACAUAGCUUUUGCCCGCAAGUGGAUGACCUAUGUCCUGACCAAAUGUGAGAGUGGCAGGGGCACCAAGCCCAGGUGGGCGACUCAGGGUUUCGAUUUUCUUCAGGCUAUCGAACCUGCCUUUAUAUCAGCAUUGCCAGAGGAUGACUUCCUGAAUUUACAAGCUUUGAUGAAUGAAUGUAUUGGACAUGUGAUUGGAAAACCUCAUAGCCCAGUCACCGGCCUGUACAUUGCUCCUAGGAAUAGUCCUCGUCCUGUAAAGGUCCCUCGCUGCCAUAGUGACCCACCAAACCCUAAUCUGUUCAUCCCUAAUGCUGAAGGUUUCAGCUCUCGAAGUCUCCCCUGCGACCUCCGGAACCAGCUGUUCCCUAAUGGCCCUCGCCCUGUCCCUCAGGGCCCGGGGGAACACAACCACACCAAAGCACCCAGCAGCAGCCCCAAUGACGUCAGGGGAUCCAGUUUCCAUGAGAAUGACCGUCUGUCGUCAGUUGCAGCAGAGUUGCAUUUCAAAUCUCUGAGCCGCCACUCCAGCCCCACAGAGGACAAAGAAGAACCCUCCUAUCCUAAGGGAGACCCUAACAGCGUUGCACGCCGAAGCUGGGAGCUCCGCACCUUUAUCAGCCAGUCCAAGGACACAGCAGCACGACAAAGCCCCAUGGAGGCCGUCCGUCGCUCCAUUCGCAAGUUCGAGGACAAACGCUAUGCUGUGAUGAAGCAACGCAACAUCAUCGGCCAAGUGUGUCACACACCCAAGUCCUAUGACAACGUCAUGCACGUUGGGCUCAGGAAGGUGACCUUCAAGUGGCAGAGGGGCAACAAGAUAGGUGAGGGCCAGUACGGGAAGGUGUACACCUGCAUCAAUGUCGACACUGGAGAACUAAUGGCCAUGAAGGAGAUCCGAUUCCAGCCGAAUGAUCACAAAACAAUCAAAGAGACAGCAGAUGAGCUGAAGAUAUUUGAAGGCAUUAAACACCCAAACCUGGUGCGAUACUUUGGAGUUGAGCUCCAUCGGGAGGAGAUGUACAUCUUCAUGGAGUACUGUGAUGAGGGCACUCUGGAGGAGGUGUCCAGACUGGGGCUACAGGAACAUGUCAUCAGGCUCUAUAGUAAACAGAUCACAACAGCAAUCAAUGUCCUCCAUGAACACGGCAUUGUCCACCGUGAUAUCAAGGGAGCCAACAUCUUUUUGACGUCAUCAGGGCUGAUUAAGCUGGGUGACUUUGGCUGUUCAGUUAAGUUGAGGAACAACACUCACACCAUGCCAGGGGAGGUGAACAGCACUCUAGGCACAGCAGCAUACAUGGCACCUGAAGUCAUCACCAGAGCAAAGGGUGAAGGUCAUGGACGAGCAGCGGACAUCUGGAGUUUGGGCUGCGUUCUCAUUGAGAUGGUGACUGGAAAGAGGCCUUGGCACGAGUAUGAGCACAACUUCCAAAUCAUGUACAAAGUGGGCAUGGGCCAUAAACCCCCCAUCCCAGAGAAGCUGAGCACAGAGGGGAAGGACUUCCUCGGCCACUGUCUAGAGAGUGAACCCAAACGCCGCUGGACAGCUAGCAUGCUGCUAGACCACCCGUUUGUCAAGGUUUGUACGGAUGAAGAGUGAAUGGAACCUCUGUGGCUUUUAAGUUUACAUAUAUUAAAGCACUACUGUACAUGCUGUUGGCAAAAGGAAAGUAAAAAAGAACUGUGGAUGCGGAGAAGAGGAAGUUACAGCUGAAGGCACAUGGAGUUAAACUGAGGAACUAAUACAAUAUCAUUUCAGAGGACAACUGGACCUACGGAGUAUAGGGUUGUUGUGUCUUUAUGUACCCAUGGACUGGGGGGAGGAGGGGCCAGGGUGGGACUGUACAUACUGUAAGAAUAGGAUUGGCUUUAAUUCUUGUAUAAACAAUAUUGUAAAGUUAAAGUAACUAUUUGUUCUCACUGGUGAAGAGACCUCUGAAAAGGCAUUGAGGAAUACUUUUUUUUUUUUUUUUUUUACAUAUGGGAGGGGGUGGGUGGGGGGACAAAAUCUAUGGCACUUUUAAACUGUUUACCCAAGGGGCAGUUGAGUAGAGGAGGGAGGAAUCUUAUUUCCUUUGAGGCUGAAAAAGCUGUGGUAAGCCUCACCGAAUGGAAGGAGACGCCGGUUUACCUUUAUGAAAUGAACACCAUCCAAAUAUUCAAAUUAAUUUAUCACUUGUCAUUUGGCAAGCGCGGGCACUAGGAAGGAUUUUUUUUAAAUGUAUUUUUCUUUGCCUUUGUUGAGGAGUAAAUGUCAAAUUGGAGCAAUGUUCAAGUCUACUGGUCGCCGGUGAAGAGCUGUUCACGUGACUGGAGCGUAGCCAACUGAGAGGAGAAACAGGGCCUGCUCUCCCUCCCUGCUGCUGAACACAAAACAUCCACACAACAAAACACAGACACUGACACACACCACAACUUCUGGUCCUCUGCUGCUCUUACAGUGUUUGCUAUGUACAAACAAUAUUAAUAAACCAAUCGUUUUUUUUUUUUUUUUUUAAUGAAAUGUGUAUUUUCUUCCAUCAUGAAAAUGCCAUUUAGUAGUAGUAUUACAUUACUAUCAGAGGUAGGUAGUUUCAUUUUGAGUUGACAGUAAAACCUGCAUUGAAAGAUAUGCAUUCUUAUUUGAGGCAUAAUAUUUUUUUAAUAGAGUUUCCCAAAACAAGUUGAACACAAGCUGCCUGGUACUGUCCAGUUUCAUGAUCUUCAGCUUCUGAAUCAUAGCGUUAAGACAAAAAACAGAUGUGGAGACUCGUGAUUGCUAUUCUGUUGGCAGAAGCUUUCAGAUUGGGAGCUGUGCAAAGAAGCAGCUCUGAGUAGGUCAGGAGUCUUUAGUUGUUUGCAGGAACCUUCUUAUUCCCAUAUCUUGAGCCUCUGUCAGUCUCCAUCUGGCCAAUCAUCCAGCGAGCUUCCAGUGAAGGAAAGAUUCAGAAAGGGUACAUUUAGAAUAUUAUUUGAGCAAGUCACAAAGAAGUGGUGACAGACUAAAGGCUUUCCAGUAUCAGAACUUUUCACAGUUUGCUUUCCUUGAAUAAAAACUGUUUUCAAAAUGC